AUGAUUCGCUACAUAAUACUCACGAUAUGUUUCGUUGGAACUCUAGCUGAUCACCCUGGAUGGAAUUUGUUGUUUGGAACCGACGUUUUAAAUGAAACUCACAAAGAACCAUUAACAUUCGAUAACCCUGUUCCCAAAUGGAUCAAAGGGUCUUUGGUUAGAAAUGGGCCUGCACGAUAUGGAAUGGGAAAACAUUCAUUUCUUAACGUAUUUGAUGGGUAUGCAAAAUUAUAUUCAUGGCAAUUCCCAGGAAAUGGAUCCGCUUUCUUCUCUGCCAAGUUUGUCCAGAGCAAGUCUUAUAAAGAAUCACUCAGCAUAAAUGACGUCGCCAGUUACCAGACAUUCGAUAAUCUUGUCCCACCCCGUACUCUUAUGGAACAGGAAAUGUCGGUAGCUCAUGGUAUGGACAAUAUGAACGUUAACAUUUACAACUAUUCAGGAGACUGUGUUAUUUUAACGGAUGCGUGGAAAUUGUAUGUAAUCAACUGCUAUACACUAGAAACAAUACGAGAAUGCAAUCCAACGAUACCAAAUGUUAACACUGGUUUCCCUUUCGUUAGUUUGUUGUCUGUGGCACAUCCGGUAAAAGAGUUCGGCACAAACCAUCACCUAACCUUUCUCCAAAGUAACAGCAUUGUACCCACAGUACCCAGUAAAUUUACCCUUGUCCGAACAAAGUCUGCAGAUAUUCGCGAAAAGAUUGCAGAGUGGGAAGUGAAGAAAAUGCCAUAUUUACACUCUUUUUCAGUCACCGAAAGAUACGCUAUAAUCUUAGCUUGUCCUUUUUACGUAGACAUUGAGAAAAUAUUGUCAGGUCAUCUCCCUGUAAAUAGCAUGUUUUUUCACAAAGAUGAGCCUACACUUACAUAUAUAGUUAACAUUAAAACAGGAAAGGUGACGACGAUACAAACAGAUAACGUCUUUACGAUGCAUCAUAUAAAUGCUUAUGAAAUGGACGAAGACACCAUUUUGAUGGAUGUUGCAUCCUAUCCAGAUGCUACAGUUGCGUCAAUCUUUGAAAUGAAUGUUGUUAUGAAUUCGACACGACGCAAUGCCUAUCCAUAUAAACCCUCUUUGAAAAGAUUUAAGAUAGACUUGAAAGCAGAAAAAAUAACUCCACAUUCUUUUGAUGUUAACCCCAAAGUCCCCCACGUCAACAUGUUGGAUAUGCCAACCAUUAACGAACUUUAUAGAUCAAAACACUACUGCUAUAUCUACGGUCCUGUUUUUAAAAGCGACUUUAAGACCUGGGGUAAUUUUUCUAUUGUCAAAAAGGAUCUUUGCAACACUACUGGUGACCUGUCUUGGUCUCUUCCGGGCCAUUAUCCAAUGGAAGGCUGGUUCGUUCCGGAUCCAAACGGAUCAGCAGAGGAUGAUGGGGUCCUCAUGCUGCCGGUUCUGGACGGAAAUCAAGCCAAAAGUUAUCUUUUGAUACUUGAUCCAAAAACAAUGAAACCCAUCGCCAAAUCCUACACGCCUUUUAAUACUCCUUUCCACUUCCAUGGACGAUUUAUCGAGAAUUUGUUUUAGGAUAGUUCUGGUUUUUGUUUUGCAACUUGCUUUGAUCGAUGUCUUUCAUUUUGAAUGAUUUUGAAGAAAUAGAAAUAUAUUGUCUUUGACCGGAAUAUCCGGUAUGUAUGGCCAUGGCUAUGUUAAACACAACACAGAUAUACUCCAUUGUGAACUUUACUGAAAAUUUUCUACAAGUAGCAUUUAAGAAUUAUUGUCAUAUUCAAAUAUUUCUUUUAUAU